CUAAAUACAUUUACUGAGUUUAGGUAUAUUUUUGGAUGACCUGUACUGUUUUUAUUUUUUUUUUUUAUUAUUAUUAUUAUUAUUAUUAAAAUUUUACUAGUAAAAUUAUUUUUAGUGUGGUAUUAGUGAAAAGAUGCAAAUACUUCCAACACUUCCAUAAACAUGCAUUUAUACUUAUCUACCCCUUCUAGUGUCCUAACAAUGUUUGUUGUUGUGAUUUAUGUGUAAUCUACACUAGUGGUAUUGGCAGUAGUAGCCGAGUACAUUUAUUGUCUUUAAAGGAAACUGGGUCGCAGUGUGCCACAUCUGGAAUGGAAAACUGAAAUAGAAAUAACUAAAACAAAUGAGAGUACCAACAAUGGACAUGGUCAUGGAAAAAGGCAUUAGCAGGAGCGUUGACCAGCUGCGUUGAGUUUAAUUAGGUGUGUUUGUUGACAUAUAACAAUACAGAUGAAGGACUGUUGACUCACAGGCUGGUGUCAAGGACCUAUAACUGUGUGUGUGUGUGUGUGUGUGUGUGUGUGUGUGUGUGUGUGUGUGUGUGUGAAGGGUGCUGUGAGGAAGAUGGGGUUAACAGGGAGGUGGCGUGAAGGUGCUGAGAUUGUCAACUGAGGGGCACAGGAACACGUACAGGCUGUGGGAACAGCUGAUGCAUCUGCCAAAUGACUUAAACGAGAUGGGCGUAGUACUGUCCAGAGUGAAUAACAGUUGUAGAGCGGCCUCCAGAGAGCCUGUCAACACAUUCCAAACAGUGAGCAGCAUCUCUGACAGAGAAGCUAAUAGUACAGACAGUGACCAUUCCUCCAUCAUACCUAUCCAGAGCAAAGCGUGUGAGCCAGAAGAGGUGCUAGUUCCUGCUCUUCCAGAAACAGCUUGUGUAGAGCGAGGCUACAUUACCCCACAGCAAGUGUACAACCUGCUGAAUGCAGAAGAAGGCCAGCCCGCCUUGUAUGAUCCAUACUAUAUGCUCAUCCUGGACUGUCGCAGUGCAGCGAGGUACAAGGAUAGCCACGUGGUGACAGCGCGGGCCGCUGUGACGGUGAUCCACCCCGAGCUGGGCUGUCUAAUCAGCUGUAUAGAGCUGCAGAAGUAUUCUAUAAUACUGCUGUAUGCAGAGGAAGGAUGCAGCCCAGUGGGCAGUGUGAAGGCCAGGGCAGACUCCCCAGGCCUGCAGCGCUGUUUCUUCCAGCUCAGUGCACUGGGAAUGGACCCUGUCAUCCUGUUGGGGGGAUUCUCAGCCUUCCAUUCCCUCUAUCCUUUCCUGUGCACACCAAGUAUGGUCCUGCUUGAACCUGAGCGGCACACCCUCACCAUAUACCCCUCAGAGAUCCUGGAGGGAGCUCUCUACCAGGGCUCUGCCUCCCAGGCCUCUGACUACCGCAUCAUCAAGAAUCUACACAUCACACAUGUGGUCAAUGCCACUGCCAACUGUCCUGAUGCUUUCCCCAACAUGUUGUGCUACCUGCAGCUGCGUCUGAGCGAUGAUGCCCAGCAGGACCUGGUGGAGGCUCUGCCGCUGGCAUCCAGGUUCAUCAACACAGCGUUGAAGGCCGAGCCAGCUGGCCGUGUUCUGGUCCACUGUAGUAUGGGCAGGAGUCGCAGCUCAGCACUCACACUGGCCUUCCUCAUGGAACACCAGCGAUGGUCACUGCUUCAUGCCCUGCGAUGGCUGAAGGAGAGGAGGGCAUGCACAGCACCCAACGUGAACUUCCUGCGUCAGCUGCUGACUUACGAGGAGCAGCUGUUUGGGAGCAGACUCACCACCCUAGACGACAUCCGCCGAUGACUGGAAUAAGAAGGGGAAUGGAAAGAGGGAUAUGUGGGAUGUUUUUUUUUUUUGCUACAGUUCAGAUUGAGAGAAAGUGUAUAAUAUUUUUUUCCCACACUUCACAUUGAGAAAAGGUGUAAAAUAAGAUGAGACUGGGCAAACAGAGGUGGAAUUUUUACUGCAAGAAAGACUCUCAAAGACUGGAUAGGAGUAUUUUUCCCAUGAGUUUGAGAAGCCGCACGCAGUGCUAUGCCUAAAUAACAACAGUAAUCAUACAGAUGUUUAAUUUUGUGACCUCUGUAUGACUCAGUAUAAUAUAAUCCCUGUUAUGAGAUAUUGCUUGGUGAUAGUUGAUAGAAAAAGUACAAUAAUAAAGUGUAUGUAUUACAUUUUA